AUGGCCGCCGACGCUUUAGUACAAGAACCUCAAGACAGCUAUGGGGCCGGGACGGUGGUUGACAGGGAAUUCCUGCCACUUCCAGCGGAAUGCAGUCGUCUGUUGCGCAUCCUCGCCGCGAGAACGCCUGGAUUCACCACAGAGGAAGCUCUACUCGAUGGUGUCGUGUUUCAUGGCGAUGAUCUGCCAUGCAUCCCGGGACCCAUCAAGUCUCAGGCUGUCACAGCAGUUCUACAUGCCAUGGUGGGCAUUGUUGGUUUGGAGAUCCUUCGUCUCCGUGGCAUCACCACCAGCACCGUUACCUACGUCGACACCAACCACGCAGGACUAUACCCAGCUACUCCAGCGCUGGUCAAUAUCGACGGACACACCGGUCCAGCCGUGAUCAAGUUGCCGACCGUCCCUCAAUGGGAUAAAGACCGCGCUUCUAACUCACCGCUUGUGUACCGCGCGACAGCCAUAUACGAGACGGCAGACAACGGGGUCUGGUUUCAGCUUCACGGCUCGCUCGAUUCGUGGAGGAUGUUGGCCCUCAUUGGCAUUGGCAGAGAUCUUGACGCCGAGAUCCGCACCCACGACGCCGCGUAUGCGCUCAUCCAGGAGCGCGUGCGCACGUAUUGUGCGCGGGAGAUCGAACAGCUCAUGGUUGAGAAAGGACUCUCGGGCUCCAUCGUCUUUUCGCCCGAAAGGUGGCGUCGGACUGAGAUGGGCCGAUCUCUUUCACGACAUCCGCUCGUCAACUAUCGGCAGCAGACACAGUGUCCCCCACUCGAGCCUCCGCCUCUCCCCAAAGUCGAUGACAAUCGACCCCUGGCCGGGAUCAAGGUGGUCGAAUUGGUUCGCAUCAUAGCAGGGACGGCCGCCGGUGCCGCGCUUGCCUCCAUGGGUGCCGACGUUAUCCGAGUCAACUCGUCGAAACUCAAGGACUACACGCCGGCGCAACCCUCCUCUCUGACGGCGGGGAAAACCACCGUGGAUUUGCACCUGGAGGAUCCCGCCGACCACGAGAGGCUGACGCACCUCUUUGACCAAGCCGAUGUCAUCCUGCAGGGUUACCGUCUGCGCUCCCUGGAGCGCCGCGGCUUUGGUCUGCAAGCCGCACUGGCGAUGGCAAACAAGCGGGGGAAAGGCAUCAUCUACAUGGACGAGAAUUGCUACGGGCCAGAUGGAUACUACGCAGAGCGACCCGGUUGGCAGCAAGUCGCGGACGCGGCAGCCGGAUCCUCAUAUGUCAUGGGCCAGUCAUUAGGUUACCCUCCAGGUCAAGGCGUGCUUCCCAGCCUGCCAAUAUCGGAUAUGUCGACAGGCAUUUUGACCGCUCUCACUAUAAUGUGUGCCAUUCGAGAUCGCGCGAAGUUCGGAGGCUCGUAUCAUGGCCACGCCUCACUGACAGCCUAUAACAUGGCUACACUGGACCCUGAAAUCCGACUGUAUCAACGACAGGUUGUUCAGAAAAUCAACGACAAGUACCAAUUCCCCGCUUGGUCCAGCGACGUGCAUGUCGCGCCCUUAUACUAUUCAAUCUUGGACGCGUGGGACAAAAAUAGCGAUCUGAUCAAGGACGAGAAGUACUAUGUGCACUUCUCGGAUUCUGUCUUUGGCGCCGAUCUGCGAGUUCUGGCUCCGGUUGUGAAAUAUGAUGAGCAGGAGCACUCUCCUAGGUGGACUAGAUCACCUGUGCCCUUCUGUCACCAUCGGUUCAAAGACUUCUCGUCGAUGGAAUAG